UUAAUUUUAUUUUAGAGUAAUUUUUCUGAGUCAGUACCUUUUAUUGAGAAUUUCUGGCAUUUAUUCGAUGUCAAAUGGUUGUAUAGUCUUGUUAAUUAAAUGAUUCAGUAAUAUUUACAACCGGAAAUAAUAUUGGAGUAAACAGUCAUGAAUAAGGAACAACUUGUGCGUUUAUUAUUACCACUGAACGCCCUUGUGAUAAUUAUAUUUGUCUAUAUUAACUUAGACAUGAAUAUGGGGCAUUCUGAAGAAUUAGUCAACGACAAUUACAUGCACUUUGAAACAAUGUUGUCGGCGAAGGACAUCAAAAGCGUUGGAGACAUCGAACCUCUUGAAAAAAAGAAAAGCAAAAAGAAUUAUGAAAAGAAUAAGUUUUCUGAUCCGUUGAAACAUUUGAAAACCGAUUCGUCAAAAAAUCAUAUGAAAUCACGACCCAGGGAAUCACUUAUGUCUCAGAUAAAAUCAAAAUCAGGCGAAUCGAUCGUAAAUGAUACAGAUGUCCCAGGAAUACGUAUCGACGCUAAAUUGUCAGAAACAAAAACAGAAAAGAAAUCGAAUGAAGUGAAACAUCAUGUACCUCGUCUUAGCGACGAAGAUUUCAAUAAAUUCAAAAAGUUGCAUGUCCGUAGUGGAGAAUGGAUACGAUUGUUUCCACAUAUUUUAAAAUCUAUUAAAAGCAUCGAAGCUCUCGAUCACUUUCCCACCUUUGAGGAAACAACAUCAGCCGACCAUUCCAUGGUGACGUGCAGGCAAAGUGAGAUCAAAGUUGGGAAAACUGUAAAACUGCACAUUCAGGCAAGAGAUUACAAUAACAAAGCAAAACAUUAUGGCGGUGAUUACUUUCGUGUGUUCCUGCAGAGGCCAUCAUUUAAAGGCGACGGAGUUAGUUGCACAAUUACUGAUAAUACAGAUGGAACGUAUGAAGCCGAAUGUCCGUUAUUGUGGACUGGGAAGGCUCGCGUUACUGUUACCAUGGUAAAUCCUAGCGAAGUGGCAUAUAUUUCUAUGGUAAGGACAAACGCAUACUCAGAAGCAUUCCUGACAAUGAACACAUCAUUUAUUAACUCUAAAGGAGAAACUGAAUAUGCUAUUUGUGAUAUGGAUUUAUCGGACAGAUUCAAAAAAUCAGAGAUAUGCGACCAUUCCCACCCAAAGACUGGUGAACCAUGGUUCUGCGCUAAACCGCCAUCUGGUGAAUGCAACCCGAUAGCAUAUCAAGGACACCGAAAAUUUGAGAAAAACAUAUUUCCUGGUGAUAGAUAUUUUAAUCGCAAACUUAAUUCGGAAAAAGUAAUAGGCAAAUCUGGAUUUACUAUAUCCAUUGCAAAAAUAACGACAACUUUAAAUGAUGAUGAAUUUACAAGCCACGUUCCCAACCAAUUGCCGUGCAGCUAUACCAAAGAGGAUUUACAUGUCCCAUUGGAUCCUGCUGAAGCCACGGGAUAUAUCCAUCAGGGCAAAUGGAAAUCUCUCGAAUGCAACAACACCGUAACAGAUCAAAUAUGGACAACUUGUUUAAAUCGCAGUGCCAUCCACGUUAUGGGCGAUUCGACUAUUCUGGCCUUCUAUCGCGCUAUUGUAAAUAAGCUACACGGUCGACAUGGGGUGGACAAAAAUAUAAGUUGGGCGGAACCACAAAAAGGGUUUUCCAAUCUUACCGACACAAUAUUUCACUUUACCUCCCACGGGCAUCCUUUUCAUGCAGAAGGCCCACCCGAAGCCCGAAUGUACAUUUACGAUGCGUUGGAUAAAAUUGUUGAUGUUGGACGCCCAACUUAUGUCGUUUUCGGCCUGGGUGUGCAUUUCGGGCGGUUACAUCCAGAUAUUUAUCUGAGGCGUCUCAAAUAUAUUAAAAUAUCAGUGUCACGAUUACGGAAGCGAGUCCCAGGCAUAAAAAUAUUUAUUUUGGGGUUACAUUCAAAUUGGCCGUGGAUUUUUCAGCCGUGCUUUGUGCCAUAUCGACAUGAAGUGCUGCUUCGCAAUGAGUUCCGAAAAUCUGAAGACGUUACUUUUGUACCCUUCUGGGAUAUGUUAGAAAUUCUUGGAAAUAAAGCUCCACACCCAGCUGGACGAAUUAUUAAUCGAGAACUUGAGCUGUUGUUUUCCUACAUGUGCAAAAAUUGAUUUUUAAAUAUGCAUUUAUUUAUCGCCUUUCGCCUAAUUUUAUUAUUAUUUAUAUUACAGAUAGCGCUUUUCAGGAAAACUAUGCUGAAAUAAUAUUAAUUUAUGCCCGUUGUGUUGAUUGAUGGUGUUAAAACCCAAAGUUUAAUAUCAAAUCAUUGCGACCAAAGUUUUUCAAUUUGAAACUUCUCGAAUAUUUUUAUACCACACAAUCUUUUAUUUAUUGAAAUUCCUUCCAAUUGACAUAACAUAUUAUGUUA